AUGUUUUCAUCAGUUUACGAAUUUAUAUGCAGCUUCGAGGAUUAUACUCGCUCAGUAGUCUUACAAGAUGAGCCCAUCCCUUCCCACGUUCUCCAUUUCGCAGUCGCCACCACCAACCUUCUGCGCCCGCUCCGACGACCCCUCCUCUCUCCAUCUUGCCUUCCUGCAUGGAUACAGAACGAGUCGAUCACUAUAUUUAGUUACGCGAUCGAUCUUCUCGCUCUGCUUCGAGUUCUCGUCCCCGUCUUUAUACACAAUACCGUCACUGUGUUCUUCCAUUCGCUCCCAACCGACCGACCGUACUCUCCACAGCCUUACUCUCCCCAACCUUACUCUCCCAAACCAUACUCUCCCCAAUCUUACUCUCCCCAAUCUUACUCGCCUUUGCAGUUUCGUUCUCUUUCUUUCGUUUCCCCCACACAGUCUGAUUUGUUCUCUUCUUUACGUAUCCAACAACAACAGGCUCAUAUACCCUGCUCUAUACCUUCUCUCAAUUCACACUUACCUGCUCUCAUUUUUUUUUCUUCUUUUUCGUUUUAUUUUUUCUUUCUCUCUUUGUCUUCCUAUUUCGAUCUGAUCUCGUCAGAGGUUUGUUCUUCUCUUCUCUCUAUUCCUCUUUUAAAACUACACUUUAUUCUCGGCGCUUUUCCUCCCACCGUUGUAGGAUUGCUAAUAAUCAGUUUCGCGAUUCCUUUUUCUCCAAGCACGCAAUAUCUAUCUAUCUAUCUAUCUAUCUAUCUAUCUAUCUAUCUAUCUAUCUAUCUCAGUGUGUUCGUUAUCUACCUAUCUAUCUAUCUAUCUAUCUAUCUAUCUAUCUAUCUAUCUAAGAUUGUUCCAUAUCUAUCUAUCUAUCUAUCUAUCUAUCUAUCUAUCUAUCUAAGGUUGUUUGGUAUCUAUCUAUCUAUCUCAAUUUUUCCAUAUCUAUCUAUCUAUCUAUCUAUCUAUCUAUCUAUCUAUCUAUCUAUCUAUCUAAGAUUGUUCCAUAUCUAUCUAUCUAUCUAUCUAUCUAUCUAUCUAUCUAUCUUUUUUAUCUCACAUCGGACAUCGUCACCUAGCAUUAAUGGAAAAUAUGAAUUUUCAAUCUAUCUAUCUAUCUAUCUAUCUAUCUAUCUAUCUAUGGCUUCUUUUCUUUACGAUUUCGCUCAUCUUUCUUUCUUUCUUUCUUUCUCCUCCAUUAUUUACCUUCAUUCUUUCUUUCUUUUUCCUUUAUCAUAUAAUUUCUAUUUCUUUAUCGUAUUUCGUUCUUUCUUUCUUUUUUUCUUUCUUUCUUUCUUUUCCAUUAUUUGCCUUAAUACUUUCUUUUUACUUUAUCAUAUAAUUUCUUUUUCUUUAUCAUAUUUCUUUCUUUCUUUCUUUCUUUCUUUCUUCUCCAUUAUUUACCUUAAUUCUUUCUUUCUUUUUCUUUUAUCAUAUAAUUUCUUUUUCUUUAUCAUAUUUCUUUCUUUCUUUUUUUUCUUUCUUUCUUUCUUUCUUUUUUUUCUUUCUUUCUUUCUUUUCCAUUAUUUACCUUAA